GGCGGUGCCUAAUCGUUAUCCUUUAAUUUUUUGUUCCUGCAAUAGCUUCGUGUGUUUUAUCGUACGUUUGCAUAUGGGCCGACGUAUUACAAUUCUGAUUGAGCGUUUAGAAUUGUUUUAACAUCACUCGCUAGCAGUUACACUCGGACUGGUUGUGCAAAAUGAGGCAGCUUUAGUUCAGAAAAUGAUUCGUUCAAUACGUGCAUAAAUAGUUUUUGUACAAAUUUAUUAAGUUAUUUCUUAAUAAUAUUUCCGAUCGUAAGUAAAACUGAUUGAAAUCAUUUAAUAAAUAGUGAACUUUAUUUUGGGAAUAUAACAAUUCUUUGGAGAUGAAAACAGAAGGAUUAGUAGUUAGUGUUUAUUUCUUGACCUGCGUUUUCUGGAGGACGUUUGGACAAUCAAGAGGAGAUGUUGAAAUGGAUGAUGUGAAAUAUAUAGAUGAAGCUGUGCAGAUUGUGAGUACAAUAUUCCACAAAUACAAGCCUGAAGUGCCUCCGAGAAAGAGCUACCCGAAUCCAGUCAAGUUGAGUGUUAAACUUCACGUGCAGCACGUAUCUGAGCUAGAUGUUAUUGCACAAACAUUGGAUUCUACUGUCGAGCUAGAAGUUAUAUGGAAAGACAGUAGGCUGUCUUGGUAUCCUCUUGUUGUGAAAGAGAUUACCGUGAGUCAAGAGAAGAUCUGGACCCCUGUUCUCACUAUUGAUAACGUGGUCGAAGCCCCAAGAGAAAUUUCCAGUCCUCAAUAUGUCAUCAAGAGCAAUGGAAAAAUAUAUAUGUACAGACGUUUACAAUUAAAGACAUUCUGUGAAACGAAUCUCACUGCUACGGUCGAAGAUUGUGAAAUAAGACUUGGUUCAAACCUACUUAAUAAAAGGAUAAUCGACUUUGACAUGAAUACGUCAUCAUGUAUUGUAUCUAGUUCUACGCAUGCGCUGCAAGUGUCUGUUGGCAACAAGGAUCGGCGAACUGAGGAACGCCUAAUGUUAAGGGACAACGCCACCUUUCCCGAGUUUAUCUGUAAUCUGCAUAUCCAGGAAACUGGAUGCUGUCCUGGAACUCAAAGUGCAUUGUUAAACGAAACAAAUGGUGUUACAAGAAUACUGCUCAGCUUCUAUAUAUCUGUGUUAAUAAUAUUGCUGUUAAGUAUAUUGUAAACGUACUAGCUUUAACAUUUUUUUUUGUAUUACAUUCUAAAGGAACUCGACUCAAGAUUUAAAGUAUAUUUCAAACAAAUUUCUAACGGGUAGAUUUCUACUGUUGUGUAACGAUAUGGGCGCAUGUAUCACUAACUAUUUUCGAACAAUAGCAGGGUGGCCAACCCAUGUGGAUUUUUGAUAUCGUACAGACCUGAUAAAUCGCUCGAUUCUUGUAGCAAUUUUGUUUGUAAUUUUCUUGUUACUUGACGGAUUCAUUAAAAUAGAAAGUGUCGAAGACGGAAACACAUGUGCCUUCAUUAAAUGUUACCUGUAUUGAGAGAUUUCCUUCGUGUAUACGAUAACAUACAUUGGUUGGCCACCCUGAAAAGAUAUUCGUGCUUAUCUUUUAGUUUAAUAGAAGUUGAAAAAUAUUAUCUAAAUCUUAAUUUGGUAUUUUUAAUUCAUUCAGAAUUAAUUUAUAGAUAAUACUGUCACCAUUUGAUACAACAUUUUUCUUUUUUUGGUUUUAUUGUUUUAUAUGUCACGUUGACUGAAAUCAAAAACUUCAUGAAAAUCUCUCGUAAUUUUCCAGUUAUCAUUUGCAUUUACAUUAUAUUUCUCAGUUUAAAGUAUAUCUGCACAGUUGGGUCAAUACAAUACAAUACAGAAUUAUAUUUGAUUCCGAUUUUCAUAGUAUCAUAAUGUACUAAGACAAUUCAGACCAUAAAAGGCCGAGCCAUGCGUUUUACACUGGACUGGUAUGAAACAUUUCGACACAUAAUGGAAGUCUAUGGAAAACUUGCAUUUCUUAUGAUAUUUUGCGUACAAAACAAACUCUAACAAUGAAGACCCCUAGUAACACAAUCUAUUGUUUUUGUUUGAUAUGAUCAGAGCAAAGCGGUGUGGCAUUCUACCAUGACUUAAUAGAAACCACUAUUAGAAGCUUUUUGGAAUAAAAAACGUUUUUGUUAUUAAAUCUAUCUUUACCUGUAUAUCAGUCAUUUUAAUACGCAUGAGUUGUCAGUGUAUGGCAUGUUUUACCUUUCUUUUUAGCAGACUCUGAGGUUUAUUCCAAGUCAUCCGAAAACAUAAUGUAAAGUCAUCAUUUCCGUUGUUUAAAACAUGUACAGAACUACCUUAAACCUGAUAAACAUGUCAGAGAAUCAAGUCAGUAAUAAAGUGCAUGUAAAGCUGUCUCGACAAAACGGACAAUCGAGUGUGUGUCAAAAAUCGGUCAGGUACAUCUUCUAAAUUAUUGUAACCUUAUUGCGUCUUUAUGAAUAUUUUACUAAACCUUAAGGACAUGUGAAAUUUCGGUGUAUAUAUACUUUUUGUAGACUAGUAAACUAAUAUUAAGAGUUUCCAAUUUUAGGACUAAAAUCCGUAACACAUUAAAUUGAACAUUUUAACAUUUCAAAAACAGAUCAUUAUUUUUAAAUAACUGAUGAAAUUGCUUUUUCAAACGAUUAAGAAACUCGACAUUGGAAUCUGUAUUUUUGAAUUAUGCGCUACGAAAUUUGUGAAAAACAACUUUAAUAUAAAAUACCAUGAUGAAAACGUCUGAACAGUGUUAAAGUUAUGAACGAAUGUAAUUGAAGGUGACAUCUAAUAUGACAUUGUGAUAAUCAUAUUAUUUUCGUUACAAUUGUUACCAGUUAUAAAAAUAACGAGUCUUCCAUUAUUUAAAUAUGUCCAAUUUAGUGUCUUAUUUUAAACUUUUUACACAAAUCUUGAGAAGCGAGUCUCUUUAUUCAUCAGUAGCUUUCAUUUUCUGAAUGAUUUUAGAAUAUUUGCGCAAAAGCAUCGACGUGUAGUUUCAUAAAUUAUUUACACAUUAUUAGUAAAGUGUCUGAGUGAAAAUUAAGUAACCCUGGAGGCAAACUGGUGGAUUCAACAGUUGCCUGUAUUCCUCGGGUAUGUGCCUUCGUAUAUAAUAUGUACCGUAAUUAAGGUUCAGUUCCAUACUAUCAUAUUUGCCAAAUAGAUUUGAUUCAAUUGUAAUUUUAUGCUCAAAUUAUGCACGCAUGUAUGCUAAUAGCUUAGUUUGUUUAAAAAGGUGUAAAUAACAUUAAUACUUUCUUGCAAGUACUGACGUCAAAGGUUAUGUAAAUAUAUCGUGAAAUAAACUUUGAACAAUAAUGUAUGAAAAUACACUGUAUAAGCAAUGAUAGGGAUACAUUAUGUAUUACAAAAUAUGAAAUAAACUGCUAAUAUCUUCGACUUUCUUACAUUCAUUUCGUUGAUGAAAAAGAGUUAUUUGUACUGUUGUGUUAAUUUUAUUCUUACAUUGAGCAGUGUAGUAUUUCCGUUGCUAGUAAUGCUUAAUGUUGGAUAUUCUUUCUUGUUUUUUUACAUUCAUUAGUAACAAGAUACUUAAACAAAGUUCCAUCUUGGUGGAAAAAGUGUUCUCUAAUCAACGUAAAUAACAGUUCAACAUUAAUGUAGGACAUUUUUGUUUGUGUCACGAGUUUGUUGAAGAACUAUAUUUGCAUCUUCAGUCUGUGAAAGAAUCAUGUUUGAUAUUUACAUAUUUGUAAAAAGCAAACUAGCAUUUUAUAUACCUUUCUUUUCUUCUUACACCGUAGAUAUUAGAAUAGUGUACCUAUAUGUUUUUUUUUGAACAGGAAGUUUCUGGAGGUUAUUAGAAGGAAAACGACUUUGUACUUAUAGCAUUAUGAGAAUAUUGUUCUUUCUUGUGCCUAAUGUCUGCUUUGUUAUUUGGUAUAGAAGAAUUUAAGCAAAUCAUUCGGUUAUACUUCUUAUAAGAAUAAUGAUUCAAUAUGAUCAUAAGGAGUGUCUGUGUUGAUAAUAUAAAUUCAGGUGUAUGUUCUGCCUGUACUGCAGUUUAUGUGCCUCGUUGUAGAAUAUGUACGAACUAUGCAAGUGAAACAAAUUUUUAUCGUAAUAUUUAUGUAUUAUUUUACAGAUUCAUUCUGUGGUAAACAUUGGUGAUUUCAGUGAUGUCGUCAGACUCUUGGUUUAUUUAUAACGAAUAGAAUUACGUAAAUAUUAUUUUAUCGUCUAUGUGUAGUAGGUAACGUCGUGGAAACUUAUUACCAAGUAAAGUUUAAUUCUGACGUCGUAAGAAACUGACACAGAGUUACGUCAAUAAAGCACUUAUUCUGUUUUCUAUUUCCAGAGAAUCCUGAAGGGUGAUUCUUGCUUUUGUGUUUCUCUAUGUGCGUUUUAUGCUUACAUUUACUGUAUUGUAUAUCCAUGUUCGUUAUGUUUUUUGAAAGAGCAACAGAUGUGUUUUAGAUGAGUUUGUAAGGGUUUAUAUAGAUGUUUGUCAUGUAUUAUAUCUUCCUUUAAAUGUUCGUUUUCGCAAAAUUUAUCUUUAUUCUAAUUGUUGAACUAUGCAAAUUUAUAUACUGGUCUAUUUUGAUAAGAAAACUUAGUUAGUGUACAAGCAUUGAUCAUUAAAUUAAUUCAAUAGAUAGA